GGCUGUGAGUGGUCAGGAGUGAGAGAGGAGUUACUGGAGGAGCCAGUAUGAACAAAGGAGUCCCCGACCCCCCCACUCCCCCAGCCCCUGAGUAGUGGAGACUUGAGCUGGGAAAGUGGCACGAGGGAACAAUGCAGAAGGAGGGCCCCUAGGGAUAGAGGAGGAGGAGUGGCUUCCCUGGGCUUUGGCAGCAGGAGGAGACUGGGGCCCAGCUCGGAGUGCCCUCCAUCCCCGCGGUACACACGGGACCGGAUCUGCAAGGCCCUGCCUGUGUCCUGCCCCCGCCCGCCUCCUUCGGCCCGUCACUGGGAAGUGCAGCCACUGAGAGUCCUGCUGCGGCCCCAUCCUCCUCACCCCCAUCCCCACCCGGCCGCUCCUCUUCUUUGUUCUUACAGGUCCUGGCCUGUAAAGGUUUAGAGGCACGAGAAGCAGGUGCUGGGAGGGUAGAGGGAUGGGUCAGCAAUGACUCCUCCUAGGAACGCCCUCAAGGGGCCACCUGUCCGUGGCCUUGGGUGAUUGAGAGAUUCCCCACAGAGGAUAGACCCUGCACCAGCUCUGCCCCCAUCCCCCACCCCCUUCUUUCCUACUCCUUGGGCUCUUGCCUCGGAUCUCCCUCUGGGUGACUCCUCAGGUUCUCCAAGAACAGGUACUGGGGUUAGAGCACAGGGCUCCAGACGAGCACACCCUGCCCAGCCCUGAGACACCGUCACAGCCUGGAUGGGUUGUGUCCCCCCUCGACGUGGCCACUGUGGCCACAACCACUGUGCCCCUCCAGAGUGUGGGUGUGGUUGGUACCCGAGGGCUCUGUGUUGGCCGGGGUCUUGUCCCCCUGCCCAGGCUCUGGCAGGUGAACCCCACGGUAGCCUCAUGGCCAUUCGCAUCUUAUUUCUGCCCCGAGGGCUUCCUUGGUUCCCCUAUUGUGGUUCUUCUGGAUCCAAAUUUCAUUGUCCUCUCCUAGCUUCUUGCCAUUCAAGGGGCUGUCAGGUGUUUUAAAGCACCAGAAUGGUACAACCUCUGACCUCAGGCCCCCUGGCAGGCCACUACUGUCCCCUCUGUGACAAUGCAGGGGAAAGGCCUGGAGAGCCAUUGGGGGAGGCGUGGGCACAGCGAGCCCUCAGUCGUCCUUUCUGCAGUCCUCAGAUCAGCAUGUACGGUGUGCACGGCCCACUCUGGUGCUUUUCCCGGACAGUGUGCUGUGUUCCGGUUCCAUGGGCAGCCCUUUCACAAUCUGAACAUUGUGAGCCUUGGCCUCCUGGAAGCUGCCCAGUUCUCCCCAAGCCGUGCAGUCCUGCCGCCAAUCCUGGCUGGGCUGUUGCACCUCAGGGCUUCUGUCCCCUCCCUCCUGGCCUGACCCUGUCUACUGAGCUUGGCCUUUGGACUCGGUGGCCUGGGAGGACCCCCAGCUUUGGGAAGCCCCAUUCCUUCCUCAGUGCUGGGCUCUCAUGGAGGUGUGGCUGCAUCUGCACCGAGGCCUGGUGUGGCCAAGUGGCCUGCCUGCCACGCUCCGAGACCAUCUCUCAAAUGUGCUUCCUCAGAGCAUCAGGCCUGGCUGUGCUGCUGCAUGCUGCCCAGAACCUGAGUGGAGGUUCGGGGCGACCGUGGCCAUCGGCUUGACCAUCUUUGUGCUCUCUGUUGUCACCAUCAUCAUCUGCUUCACUUGCUCCUGCUGCUGUUUGUACAAGAUGUGCCGCCGACCCCGUCCGGUCGUGACCACCACCACAUCCACCACUGUGGUGCACAGCCCAUACCCACAGGCUCCAAGUAUGCCACCCAGCUACCCUGGACCGACGUACCAGGGCUACCACCCCAUGCCCCCCCAGCCAGGGAUGCCGGUAGCACCCUACCCAACGCAGUACCCACCGCCCUACCCGACCCAGCCCUUGGGCCCGCCUGCCUACCAGGAGACUUUGUCUGGAGAUGCAGCCAUGCUCUACCCUGCCAGCCAGCCUCCUUACAACCCGGCCUACAUGGAUCCCCCAAAGGCAGCCCCCUGAGCAGUCUGGCUGCCACUGUGAUUGUGUUAUGUGUGAGUGCAUGGUGGGCACAGUUCUUUC